AUGGAGACGCAGCAUAAAUUGCAGAAAGCGACCGUCCCCACAACGGAGAAAGCGGAAAGUGCUCCAAAGAACGGACAACUUCCUCCUCACUCCGUCCAGCCACGGCCAACAGCACGUAGCGACAACCACGUGACCUCAGCUAACAGGGGGUCAUCGAAACCCAAGAAAAUACCGCAAAUCGGCAAUGAGAAAAUCUUCCCAUGCAAAAUAUGCCUUCGCCCAAUCACAAACCCGACCAGUGCUCACGUUCACGCCCGCACCCACCUCAACCCCCACGAGCUGGAACAGUCCUUACUUUUCCGCAAGAAAUGCCCCCACUGCGAAAAAGUGUUCUUCCUUCGUCGCGACUUUACCGACCACGUGAAUGCGCACGAAGGUCGGAAGAACCAUGCCUGCCCCACCUGCAAACAGAAGUUCACCACGAAAGCGCAUUUGACCACGCAUCUCUUCGUCCACCUGAGCCGCGAGGAGCGCGCGGAGGCGCGGCAGGGGUGGCGACACGGCUGCUACUUCUGCAGCAAUCCAUUCCAAAGUCCAUACCACCUCACUCGUCAUCUGCUGACCCACACGACGGAAAAAGUGGGCGGGAGGUGUCCCACUUGUGGAAAAACGUUCACCUCCCAACAUUCUCUGACCAAUCGUCGUUUCUCCCACCUCUCCGAAGACGAGAAGGUCGCCCUCGUGAAGCAGGGUUCGGGUCGGAUGUGCCUCUUCUGUCAGAAGAUAUUCCCCGACAACCGCACAUAUGAAGUCCACCUGGUUUCCCACACGAAGGAGAAACCAUUUCCCUGCGACCAGUGUGGGAAGCAGUUCAGUUUCAAGUCUCACUUAAACAUACACAAACGGAUUCACACUUCGAACCCAAAACGGUUCAAAUGCGACGAAUGUGGUCAAGCGUUUAGUCAGAAACAUCACCUGACCAGACACCAGAAGACGGUGCACCGGAAGUUGAAGGACAUCGCGUGCCUCCAGUGCGGCAAAAUGUUCGGCACGAAGAGUGACAUGGUGACACAUUUGAACAAUAUUCAUCUCAAGAGAAGGCACCCCUGCCCCCAGUGCGGACACACAUUCUCGCAUAAAUCCAGUCUAAGGAGACACUUGAAGAAGAUUCAUCCCCAAGAUUAA